AUGUCUUGGACAGCCAAAGACUUUGUGGUUGAGCUGGAGGCCUGCGAGAAGCUCCUCCAAGCUCGGCCCACACAGCAGAUGCAGGAUACACUCUUUGCUCAGAUGCAAUCCAAGCUGAACAACAUUGGCCAAGUAGGCCCGUCCGAGAUGGUGGCCUGCUACGAAGCUUUGGAGGAAGCUGGGGUGCCGAAUGCCAUGAAGCAGAAAUUGCAGGAAACCUUGGAUGUUCUCGCUGCUGGUGCUCAUCAGAGCAACGGGGCCACGAACCUCGCAGCAGUGGCGCAAACCUGCACCAGCUUCGAGCUUUACUUGACGGAGACGGAUGCAGCCGCCUUGGGAAGCUGUGGGAUGUGGGAAGGCUGUCGCCACAUCGCAUUCCGGCUUAAAAUGAUCGGAAUCAAAGGAAUGAAAGAAUCCUUGAAGAAGCGAUGUACCGCCAUCCUGGUUUGGUACCAUGUUCACCACCGAGGCAACCCGGUGCCGGCAGUUCGUGUGGCUUACGAUCUGAGUCUGCAUUUGAUGACAGAGCUCAAGCAAUCCAACACAGCGAUCCCAGCUGGAGCUUCUUCUCUUGCCCGGUACCCUGUGGAUCCUAUGCGGUUGCCAGCCUCCCACCUUCAGGCUGCCUAUCCAGAUGGACUUCCAGCCAAGAAGGACCUGAACGGGCUGGCCACCUUGAUGCAGCAUCACAUCUUCGUGAGAUCCAAUGGCAAGUUGCUACAGGACCAUGAGUCCCAGCCCAAAGUCGUACAGCCUGCAGUUGCUGUGCAGCCACCGCCGGUACCGGAUGGCGAAGCCAAAUUCGUCCAAGGCCUCAUGAAGUUCUUGACGGCUGCCAACAACAUCGUCAACCACACCGAGCCGACAGUGCAGUUCCUGACGAAGCCGACUGCAGCGAGCAGCAGCAAGCAGGAGCCUGUGCAGGCUGCAGGCGAGCAGAGCAAGGGUUGCUUGCCCUUGGAGAACGGGGAGCAGAGCGAGAGCCCCCCUUCUGGAGCAAAAGCGCCGCAGUCCAGUCCAGCCUUGCCCGGACAGAAGCAGAAGACUUUGGAGGAGUUCGAAGCUGAAAACCUCGCCCUGCUGCAGGCCAGGGAGGACGGGAAGAAGGCAGCUUCUACGAACAAGGUCGGGAAAGACAAGAAGGGACCUAAGGCGAAGACAGAGGAUCCAAAGGCGCUCAAGUCUGGAAAGCCUCAGGCCAAGGGCAAGCCAUCUUCCAAGCAGAAGGUUUUCAAGAGGCCGGCAGCGAAGGCCUUGGCAAGGCCUGAUCGUGGAGCCUUUGAAGGCAUGGGCUGCCUGAGAUGCAGAGGGAGCCGCUUUGGAUGCCCGACCUGCUUGGAGGAAAGCUUCGGAGGAUGUGCAAAGCUACUUUGCAUGGAGGAGCCGACGAAGAAACGUAAGAUUCUGGAUGUGCGACAAUCCGUUCCGUUUUGUUCGCAGACUGCUUUAGCGGCCAUAUGCAAGAACAUAGCUGAACAUGGGCUGCCUGACAAGCAUUCUCGGCGAGACAUUUGGCAGGAGACGGAAGAGCUGCUGCACAACUCGAGCAUGCAAAAAUAUGGAUCUCUUUUCCUAACAGCAGAGGCCGAGACGGUGAAAGGAGGACAGCAAAAGUUGCUCUUCGUCAACUUCCUUUCGCUGUUGGCCGGAGUGUUCCAUGCAGCAGGGCCGUUUGGGAUGUGGCUGCUGGAUUUUCAUGAAAGGCAUCCUUCCAGUUACGAAUCACCAUGGGAUGCAGUGAUAUAUGCUGAUGAAAUACAUCCGGGCAAUCAAUUAAGUUCUUCAUCGAGGAAGAGUUGGUGUGUGUACAUCUCAUUUCUGCAAUACAAGUCGCUCCUUUCCCGUGAGGAUUUCUGGUAUUGCCUCUGCAUCAAACGCAGUGCAGAAGUCGGCGAGCUCAAGGCAGGGAUGUCACAGGUGAUGCGCUUAAUCCUGGAAAGCCUGUUCGGGACACGGGUGCCAGAGACAGGGGUGCUUUUGUCAUCUCCUGCAGGACAGCUUCGUUUGCAUUUUCGUCUCCACAUGUUGCUUCAAGAUGGCGCAGCGCACAAAGCUGUAUUUAGCAACCGCCAAGACACUGGUUGUAAGCCAUGUCCUCUGUGCAGCAAUAUAUUUCAGCUCAAAGACAGUGAGAACAACAACAAUGUUUGGACCCAGUUUUUGAAGAGAUCAGAUUGCAUCGUGGCAUCGGACAACGAGCUCAUGGCCUCCUGGGAACGACUCAGGGAAGCAAGCUCAGGGCCGUCUGCUGUCUUCGAACAAAGACAGAAGGCGGCGGGGAUGACUUGGUCUGCACAUGCUUUGCUCUCCAGCAAGACAUUGCAGGAACUGAACAUCUGCAGACCCAGCACGUUGUAUUGCCAUGACUAUAUGCAUUGCCUGGUGUCGCAUGGUGUGUUGAAUGAAAUGGCUUUUUUGGUGUUGGAAGACUUGACAGAGAAUGGGCUGCUGUCGAAGGAUUGGGCAAUGUUGCGGCAGUGGCUGGAGUUCUGGAACUUGCCACAUGCACAUGCGAGCUUCAAACUGGAUGUUUUGUUCACAAGCAAAGCCGUUGCAUCGUACAGGAAAGCUGGAUCGAUCAAGCUUGGGGCCUCUGAGAUGCUCACUUUGUGCAAACCCUUGCAAUUCUUCCUGCAGAGCAACUUCCUGAGCAAUGGCCUGCAAGAGGCGACGUGCCGAGCAUUUAUUGCUUGGGCAGAUGUGCUGGACUAUGCCCACAGCAUCCAAGGUUUGCAGAAUCCCUCGCCUCCUCGGUUUUUGCACUUGGUCGAACAGGCCCUGCAAGCCACCGCCCUGGCAGGUUUCUCAGAGAUGAUGAGGCCCAAACAUCACUGGCCUCUCCAUCUUCCGGAUUGUCUGCAGCGAUGGCAGCAGCUGCCUUCUUGCUGGCCUUUGGAGCGAAAGCAUAAAAUUCCGAGAAAGUAUGGCACCCUCCAGUUUGGUUUGGAAGCUUACAACAAGGCCGUCAUGACUGGUGUGACUCAGGAGCAUGUGGGCAAACUGUUGAAGGACGAGGAGCUUUUUAUGAGCAGCAGCCACUUGGUGUCCAAGACUGCCGUCGGCAAACCUUUGGAGUCCCUGUUGAAGGCGAACAACUGGUUCUUGCCCGGAAUGGAAGCUUCUGCAACAUGUCGCUUGGAAAGCGGCAUGCUAUGUAAAAGCGGCGACAUCCUUUUUUACAGGAAUGCAUCAACAAGCAGCACGGCAGGCUUUCCUUGGGCAUGUGGUUCUUUGAAGCAUUGCAUCAGUGUUGCAGGCAUGGAGUUGGCUGUGGUGCUUAACUUCCUCUUCGAGAGGGAAAGGCCUGGCACUCAUGCCACUGUUUGGAGAAGCCUUCCUGACAGAUUGCAGCUGGUGCGGCUGGAAGACCUUUUGCAGCCGGCAACCUACAGCUUUGGGAAUGAUGGUUCUGUCACAUGCUUGCUUCCAGCACCUCUCUCUGCAGCUCGAUGA